AUGGGGAACAAUUCUCAUGUGGAAAUGCCAUAUGAAAAAGAUGCAUAUAUGCCUUGCAAUUUGGAGAGUCCUAAUAAUGAUAAAGUGAAUGAUCAAGAGUUGGAAAAGCAAAUAGUUGAUGAUGAAGUGGAAAUUCCCAAGAUAGGGAUGACUUUUGAGUCUGAGGAAGAGGUUCGUAAUUAUUUUAAGAAGUAUGCAAAGCAUCAGGGUUUUGGUGUAACAAAGAAAAGUGCAAAAAAUAGAAGUGACGGAAAGUCAAGUUACUUUUCACUUGUUUGUUCUAGGAAUGGUAACAAAAUAUCAAAGGCAAAGGGCCUUUUUCAUCCAAGGCCUUCAAGUAAGACAAACUGUAAGGCCAAAAUCAAUGUUAUAGUUAAAGAUGAUGGAAGGUUCACCAUUAGUGGUGUCUAUCUGGAUCAUAAUCAUGCAUUAAGUCCAGGAAAGGCUCGACAUUAUAGAUGUGGUGGGUAUGAGAACUUACCAUUUGGUGAGAGGGAGUGUAGGAACUACAUUGCAAAAGCAAGAGAGUCGAGACUUGGCAUUGGAGAUGCGGAAGCCCUUUUUAACUAUUUUCGUCGCAUGCAAAAUAGGAAUCCAAACUUCUUUUACAUGAUUGAUACGGAUGAGGAAGGGCGCUUAAGGAAUGUUUUUUGGGCUGAUGCUAGAUGUCGAGCCACAUAUGAAUCUUUUGGAGAUGUUAUUAGUUUUGAUAUAACUUACUUGACAAAUAAAUAUGACAUGCUUUUUGCUCCGUUUGUUGGGGUGAAUCAUCAUGGGCAAUCUAUUUUAUUUGGAUGUGGUUUGUUAUCUAAUGAGGAUACUGAUACUUAUAUUUGGUUGUUUGAGUCUUGGUUGACAUGUAUGUCAAGUCGUGCUCCAAAAGCUAUUAUCACAGAUCAGUGA